CCGCGCCCGCUUCCGGUAGCAGUCACGUCACAGGCAGCCGUCAGUCCGCAACCUCCCAUCCUGGAUCAGCUUCUUGUUGGAUGGCCCGUUGAUGUCAGUCACACUUGCCAUGGAUGUCACUUACUUGCUACUGCUUAGCAGUCUCGGCCUUGCCGUUAAUACUCAAGCUCAAGACUGCCCUGUACCAGUAGGAGGAAACAACAUGGGAUUUAAGGACAUUCUUCCAGCAAUAUUCCCAAAUGGGACCAAAGUUUCCUUUGAAUGUAAUGUUGGCUACCAGUCUGCAGGAGGGUCUUCUAGCAUUACUUGUACUAAUGGUAUAUGGAGUCCUGUGAAGCUGAAAUGCGAAAAGAAGAGCUGUGGCAAUGCUGGAGAAGUGCCAAAUGGAGAUAUUGAUUAUCAUGGGAUAUCUUUUGGAGAUAAACUAGUAGUUACCUGCAAUCCUGGUUAUCACAUAGUUGGCAAAGGAGAGAUCUAUUGCGGAGACAAAGGGUGGCUGGGGAGGUUGCCUACAUGUGAAGCGGUGGCUUGUAGUACACCAGAAUCGCUGACGAAUGGCCGCUUUAGUCCAGUCAAAGAAUCUUACAUCUUCCCAGAAGUUGUACAGUACGAAUGUCAAAAAGAUUUCACAAUGUCUGGAUCCAGAUUAUCGUCAUGUUCAGCAGAUGGAACAUUUAAGCCUGCUCCUCCAACAUGUAUCAUGGUUAAAUGCGAAGAGUUCAAUCUGCCAAAUAGUGAAGUGUUGGGGGGUUCUCGGCCCCCUUACAAACACCAGUCUACAGUGAUUCUCGGGUGCCACUUUGGAUAUAAUCUGGAAGGAAAUCCGACCCAAACAUGUGAACUAAACAGCCAGUGGGCACCUGGACUUCCAACAUGUAAACCGGUGCAAUGCGAUGACCCCGAUAUAAAACAUGCUACCAUGGAGGGGGGUUCCAUGCCCCCUUACACAUUCAAGUCUACGGUGACUUUUUCUUGCACAUCUGGAUAUAAUAUGAAAGGAGUUGGCACCCAAACAUGUGGUCCAAAUGGUCAGUGGACACCUGGACUCCCAACAUGUGAACCGGUGCAAUGCGAUGACCCCAUUAUAAAACAUGCUACCAUGGAGGGGGGUUCCAUGCCCCCUUACACAUUCAAGUCUACGGUGACUUUUAGUUGCACAUCUGGAUAUAAUAUGAAUGGAGUUGGCACCCAAACAUGUGGUCCAAAUGGUCAGUGGACACCUGGACUCCCAACAUGUGAACUAAUGCCAACCACCAAACCUCCUUCUACCACCAAGAAAACCAUAGAUGAUCCUGAAUUGGUUGAUCCUCCUGGCAACAAUGGAAAAGGGAUGGCUGUAGGGUUGGGUCUCGGUUUGACUGCCCUUACUGUUAUUGUCCUCACUGCCUUGGGAUUCUAUUUCUUUGGAGUUCCGGCAUUCAUCAAAGACAAAAAACGCUCUCGGAGAGGCGUUCCUGAAAAUGUCGCUUCGAAAGCGGAUGAGGAGGUACCACUCUCGGUGAGAUGUGCCGCCCGGCACACUUAAGACUCGUUCCUGCCAAAGGACCAGAUUUGAUGAGUAGUUUGUUUUUCAAGCUUUAUGUCCAUAAUAAAUGACUAAUCUUUUUUUCCUUCCUGGGCUGCUAACCAACCUGCUGACCGUCCUUUCUCUACCCUUCAUAGGAAAUUUGUCUCCUUCGCAGGGCUGAGUGGAUUUUUACAAUUUGUCUGAAAAUGUUUUUUCUAAAUAAUUUAGAUGACUUGUCUGUGCUUCUUCUGUUUCCCUGUAGUAAGCGCCCUGUUGGUCCAGCAUUACUGGCUGUAAAAAUGGCCAGCUGAGGAGAAGACGCCACUAGUCCAGUUGUUGAAUGGACUUUGCACUUCAGCCAUGUUUGGGGAUCCCUUCCCUGUUUCUUUACACCACAUCCACAUCUGUUUCAAAUCAGUCAUGGUGGAAUGGUGUUUGCUAGAGAGGCUUGAGCUGUUGAUUUUUAGAAUGUUUGCACUGCUGAGAGCUCAGCGCAGCCUGGUAAAUUUAGCUUAUGACCUUAAACAAGCGUGAUCACUGAAGAAUGUUUCAAUGCUUGACCUUUUUCCCCCAAAUACAGCUGUAAUGAUUAAAAUGAUUUGGGUUAAUCUUUGGAAACAUACAAAAUAGGGAAUGUGUGUUUAAUUAGAACGCACUAGGAAUUUAUUUGAUCAAAUUCUCAUUUGUGUAACGUAAAUUGACAUAAAGCGUUUGAUUAAGGCCUCCUGUCACGUAGAUUAAACAUCUACUUCUGUGAGAUAUUCUACAAAUCAGUCAAACCGAGCAUUGCUUAAAAACAUUCCAAAUGCCUUAAUGAACAAGUGUUUUAGCUUGUCAGUUGUAUUUUGUCAAUUAAGACUUAAUUGUGCAGUUUAGCAUGUUAAUAAUAAACUUUUUGUUUAAUGUCAUAUUUUGCAUUGUUUUGUGUGUAGCACAACUAAUGUAUAAUUUGUAUUUCUACCCCCCCCCCCCCCCC